UUGAUGCUUAACUGUUGAUUUCAUAAUUAUUAUGUAAUUAUUAUUUUAUAAUUUUACAUUAUAGUUAACAAGAAAGAAUUGGAGAAGGAAAUGGAAACCUUGAUAAAAGAUGUGAACUCCAGCAUUCUGGUUGAGUCUCAGAAAGAAAAAAGGCACAAAAGAAGUAAAGAAGCAGAAACAAACAGUGCUCAGUCAGAAAAGCAAAAGAAAGCAGCUGAGAAAUUAAAAGAAAAGGAAACACAGAGAGAAGUUUUGAAGAAGAAAAAGGAAAGGCUAAUUGCUGUUAUGGACAGUGAACUGUCAGAACCGCAGAGAUCUCCUAUUCAUAGAACAGCACAUGUCUCGCUUUUCUCACCAAGAUCUCCAAGGAAAUCACAAACAACUGAAGCAACAGUAUUUGAAUCCCCAUUAAGAAGAUCACCCAGAUCAACAACUGUAGCAUCAGUGUCUCAAUCACCACUGAGAAGGUCACCCAGGAAAACCUUGGCAUCACUUAAACCAGUCUCUCCUUCAUUAUUUGGUGAUAGUAAUCAGUUUCUGUCACCAUCACCUCAGUCAUCACCUGCUUCAACAGAAUCUCAUUCUCUUUUUGAAAAUGUCAGAACAGCUAAAACUCUACCAAGGUCAUUGUCUUUUUCUGAAAAACCAGUAGUCAAUGCAAAAGGUCACCCAACAGUUGCAGCAAAACAACCACGAAACAGAUGUGAGUCUUGUGAAACACUCCGGCAAGAGAAUAGAGCACUUCGGAGCCAGAUUGAAGAACUUUUAGUGAAAUCUUCUCUGAAUUCUGAAGAGCAAAUGGCCAGUCAACAGUAUGCACGGCCUCCUGCUGGAGUGUAUGAUGCAGAAUUUGCUUCCCAAAAUGGAAUGGAAGAAUUAUUUCCUGCAACUAAUGUGUUUCUACAUAAAGACCAACACUACACAUCACUUAAUAAGUCAACAUCCAGUCCACAGGGAGGGAAAGACGGGAAAAGAAUAGCGAGAUAUUUACUGACUGUGUUUUUCACAACAGAACAGCUCCAGCAGAGCAGUCUUACUGAAUCUGAGACCUCCCUCUACCGUCCGCUCAACCAACAAAUUGUGGAAGCCAUUAUUGCCUUUUCUGUUUACAACUCAGAAACACGAAGGGGGGAUAUUAUGAAGGCAAUGCGGUCAAGCCUUACUUCCAAACGAUGCAAAGCAAAAAAAACAACUAAAGUGACAUUUUGUAGUGGGGCUUUAAUUGUACUUUUUACUCUGGGACUUAAUCUGUACUUCAACAAUAUGCUUCAUGUGUGCUUCAAAGAGAAGCUUCAUGUGUGCUUCAAAGAGAAGCUUCAGAUAUUGGAGAAUAUGAUGAUAUAA